AUGACAGUUACACCAACCCAAGAUAAAAUUAUCAAAACUAAGCAAUGCUGCUUAGCACUCCUUAACAAACAAACCUCUACUAUACAAGACUUAGCUGAGGUUAUUGGUGUACUAGUAGCCAACUUUCCAUGUGUGGAAUUUGGACCAUUACAUUAUCGACAUUUAGAGAAAGAUAAAGUUCAAGCACUUUCUGCCUCCAAAGGAAGCUACCAGGGACGGGUACAACUAUCUUGGAGAUCCCGUAGUGAGUUGCAAUGGUGGAUAGACAACAUUGCAUUUUCCCAUAAGCAUAUAACUCACGAAAAACCCUUAUUUACAAUCCAGUCAGAUGCAUCUACAGCGGGCUGGGGCGCAGCUUUAUCUGGGCAAAGUACAGGUGGCCGGUGGUCAACUGUUGAACAACAACAGCACAUUAAUGUGCCGGAGCUCAGAGCUGCCCUAUUUGGACUCAAAGCAUUUUACCCAUGUGAAGUUGGAAUUAGAUAA